CAUAAGCAUUGUCCACGUCUACAACAAAAACCCUUCUUCUAAUCACACGUGUAUAAUUUCUCUCCUUAGCGUCGCCUUAACUAUUUCACUCAGCUCUUCCCUUCCAUUCCAAAUUUCGAAGCGCACAACAGAUGGCGGACACCAAAGCCAGAGCUCAACUCGCCGGAGCAAUGACCGCCACCGACUCAUGGCUCAGAAAGCACCGUCUCAUCUACACCGGGGCCACACGUCAUCCUUUCAUCCUCACCAUUCGCGACGGCACCGUCGAUCUCUCCGCCUUCAAAACCUGGCUGGAACAGGAAUGUGAAUUUCUGAGAUCUUUCGCUGCAUUCGUCGGAAGUGUUUUGGUUAAAGCAUGGAAAGAAUCAGACGAUCGAGCAGACGAGGAAGUCAUUCUUGGAAGUUUAGCAGCUCUAAACGACGAAUUCGCCUGGUUCAAGAAAGAGGCCCUAAAACGCGACAUCAAUUUGUCCGAAAUAGUUCCUCAGAAAGCCACUGCCGGCUAUUCAAGGUUUUUAGAGAGUCUGAUGAGACCGGAGGUGGAAUACACGGUGGCGAUAACGGCACUUUGGGCGAUAGAAGCGGUGUACCAUGAGAGCUUUGCGUACUGCUUGGAAGAAGGGACAAAGACGCCAUUGGAAUUGAGAGAAGCCUGUGAAAGAUGGGGGAGUGAAGGAUUUGACAAGUAUUGCAGUACAUUGAAGAAGAUUGCGGAUAGGAGAUUGGAAAUGGGGAGUGGAGAGGUUAAUAAAAAGGCAGAAGUGGGAUUGUUGAGAGUUCUCGAAUAUGAAGUUGGAUUUUGGAAUAUGAUCCGUCCUCCGUCGCACCGGACCGCUGAGUGCUCCAGUGUCGGAGGUUUCUAAAUGAGAAAAUAAGAAGGAUUAGAUGCAUAUAUUUGGGUGGUUUUUGAGUAUUAACUUUCAUAAUGUAUUGGCAUCUCAGCCUUGUCCUUAUAUGUCGUCCUUCUUAUUACAUACGUACCCUGUCUCCUCAGGGCACACUUAAGUACAUAUACACAUAUAGAGCACACCAAGUACAUAUAGAGCACACUUGAUUACAUAUGGAGCAAGAAUAAACCGACAGUAUUUUAAAACUAAGGUGAGGUUGGGUUAAAAAAAAUUCUUUGAUUAACCCAACAUCAUAUACGUAUUAUGUUUAUAUAUUUAUAUUUAUGUUAUAUUUCAUUAUUGAUUAAUCUAGUAAAAGUGAAUCUAGAUGUUACACUCUC